AUCCGCGCGGUUGAGAGAGAGGCGGGGGCUGGAGCUGCGGGCGCGACAGGCUGUGGAAGGCCCGGGGUCCUUCCUUGCUGCCCAUGUGCGGGACCUGGCGGCGGAGACGAGGACGAGAUGGGCGGCCUGGAGAAGAAGAAGUAUGAGCGGGGAGCUGCUACAAACUACAUCACUAGAAAUAAAGCCAGGAAGAAGUUGCAGCUCAGUCUUGCUGACUUCAGGCGGCUAUGCAUUCUGAAGGGAGUUUAUCCUCAUGAACCCAAGCACAAGAAGAAGGUUAACAAAGGUUCAACAGCUCCGCGUACUUUUUAUCUUAUGAAAGAUAUCAAGUUUUUACUGCAUGAACCCAUUGUGAACAAGUUUCGUGACUAUAAAGUAUUUGUUCGUAAACUCCGGAAGGCCUUUGGAAAAGCAGAAUGGAAUACAGUUGAUAGACUCAAGGACAAUAAACCUGUGUACAAGCUAGAUCACAUUGUCAAAGAAAGGUACCCGACCUUCAUUGAUGCGCUCCGGGACCUGGACGAUGCAUUGUCCAUGUGCUUCCUAUUCGCAACAUUCCCUCGCACUGGAAAAUGCCACGUGCAAACAAUUCAGUUAUGUCGCCGCCUGUCUGUGGAGUUUAUGAACUUUGUUAUUGCCUCCAGGUUGCUACGUAAGGUGUUCCUGUCUAUCAAAGGAGUUUAUUACCAGGCAGAAAUUCUUGGUCAGCUAAUAACCUGGAUUGUACCGUACACAUUUGCACAUGAUCAUCCAACAGACGUGGACUACAGAGUGAUGGCGACUUUCACCGAGUUUUUUACAACGCUGCUCGGCUUCGUCAAUUUCAGAGUCUACCAGACCCUCAAUCUGCUUUAUCCUCCAAAGCUGGAGGACAAGCCAGAGGAAAGGGAGCUGACAAAAGAUGAUGAAGAGAUAUAUGCAAUGGAAUCUGAAAGCUAUGUGGAGAAACUGGCUGCCUUGGGUGCUAGUUUAGCCCGAACAGUGUCUUCAAAUGAAGACGAGGAUGAUCCAGAUGAAUUUCCUCAGGAAGGGGAGAAUGCAGAGCUGAUUGGAGAGAGGCAAAAGGAGCAGCAAGUAUUAGAAAAACAGAAGAAAUUGUUUGAAGGCUUGAAGUUUUUCCUGAACCGAGAGGUGCCACGUGAAUCGCUAGCAUUUGUCAUAAGGUGUUUUGGAGGCAUGGUAUCGUGGGACAAGUCGCUUUGCAUAAGUGCUAAUUAUCCCGUUACAGAUGAAACCAUUACCCACCAGAUAGUAGACAGGCCAAGCCUUGGUCAGCAGUUCGUCAAUAGGUAUUAUAUCCAGCCCCAGUGGGUAUUUGACAGUGUUAACUUCAAAAGGCUUCUUCCAGUAGAAGAUUAUUUCCAAGGAGUCACUCUACCACCUCAUCUUUCUCCGUUUGUGGAAGAGAAAGACGGCGACUACGUUCCGCCAGAGAAACUCAAACUCUUGGCCAUUCAGAGAGGCGAGAACAUGUAUGAAAACGAAAGUGAAUCUGAGGAGGAUGAGAAAGAAUCCGAUGAAAAAGACGAGGACGAAACCGAGGAUGAAGGAGAUGAUGACAUGGAUGAAACUGAAAAGGAAGAUGAGGAAAGGCUGAGGAACAUGGAGGCUCAGAAGGUGAAAAGCAAAAAGCUGAAUGUGAAGGUUACCACGGGGACCGUGAAGAUGGAGAACAAGGCCCAGGCAUCUGAGCGAGAGAAGGCCGAGGAGAAGCGACUGGCUAUCAUGAUGAUGAAGAAAAGGGAGAAAUAUUUGUACAAAAAAAUCAUGUUUGGGAAGAGGAGGAAAGUUCGCGAGACAAACAAGUUGGCAGCCAAGAGAAAGGUGCACGAUGACAUGGUGAAAGCUGAGAAAAAGAAGAGUAAAAAAAUUAAAUCCCAAUAAGAUAUUGAAAAUCUUUGCAUAUCUGCAGUUUAAACCUAAUUUGGUGUAAAUUGGAUUUUGUGUACAGAUAGUAAAGUCUUUAUACAGGCUCUUCAGUGGUGGGUUUGUUGUGUUGGAUUUCAGUGUUACCAUCUAGUUAAAUGGAAAUAACUUUGUAUAGAGUUAUUUAAGACUUGUGCACUCAAAUAUUAUUCAUGAUUGAAAUGUUUUUCAUAUGGAGCCUAUCUUACACCUAUGGAUUUCUUAUCCAAUUACAUAGACUUGAUAGUUAAAAAUCUAAGUUGAAUCCACCACUUUUGCUUUGUAAAGCUAUCAGAAGCCGGACAUUGUAGAAACAAGGAACUGCAGAUGCUGGUUUACCAAGGAAAGACACAAAUGCUGGAGCAACUCAGUGGGUCAGGCAGCAUCCCUGGAAAACGGGAAUAGGAGACAUUUCAGAUCAGGACCCUUCUUCAGUCUGAUGAAGCGUCUCAACCCGAAACGCAACCUAUCCAUGUUCUCCAUGGAUGCUGACUGACCUGCUGAGUUACUAUAGAACUUUAUGCCUUUCACCCAGAAGCAGAACCUUGUCAGGCUGCAAAGAAAUAUAGGAUAUCGUGCGCAACUUGUAACUUCAUUGAAGAAUGGGUCAAAAGAGAAGUAUUUCCAGAUCAAUAGUCUGCAUUAAUGUACGUGUACUUGCAUAAUAGUAUCUGCAACUUCAAAUAUUUUUCUGUCUCAAUUUAAUUUGAAAUGUUAUCACUUUUUAACUGAAGUCAUGUCAUUAAAAUUAAGGCCUUUGGGAAAUAUGACCAAUACUGUUGCAAUUAACGAAUUUCAAAGAUAACAAGUAGUACUGUGAAAGAGUAUAUUGCAGGCACGAUAGCAAUUCUCUUUUCCUGAUGGUUAUCAUCUAUGUAGGUGAUAUAAAAAUUAUUUUUGUUUUGAAAUUUUUAACAAAGGAAUACCAUGUAUAAAAAUAAUGUUCUCUGUUCACUUGUAUUUUGACUGUA